GCUCCACACCCAUACAGUUGGUGGCGGUAAUGAACCGUGCCGGUUUGCAAACCACCAAUAAACUCGACAGACGAAGAAGACGACGACGACAACGAAGAAGACGAAGAAAAAGAAGAAGAGAAAUAAAAUCAAGAGCAAGAACUUUUAUACUUUGUUAUAAACAUCAACAAACAUUACAUAAAUUAUAACGUCACUGUGUGUGAGAGCCGCUGGACGUCCAAACAAAGUCGUGACGAAACGGAAGCGCCCAGAGACGUGUGUUUUUAAAGUUUGAGCUGUUGCUCUCGAUGUGAAGGCCCUCAACUGAAGAUGAAGAGGCUUCCUGUGGGAGGCAAAGCUUCUUCAGGCACAGUCAACCGUUGGGUGGAUCCAGCCUUCAGUGACCUACCAGAACGGAGCUUUUCCGUCUCUGGGAGAAGGAAGGAGACCCAGUCUUUGUCUUUGUGUUCCAAAAGUGAGUCCUAUGGGGGGAAAAGGCCCAGAAAGAGAAAAGGGGAACUUAGUGGUUCAGAAAACCACCACUCCUCUUCUUCCUACUACCUUAAAGAGUCACAGGAGGACCCAGAUGUGCCUUGGGUAGACAGAUACUCACCAAACUCACAGGCGGAGCUUUGUGUUCACAAGAAGAAGAUAGAGGAAGUGGCGAAUUGGUUGACAUUUCAUGCAUCAAAGGCUGGUAUUUUGCUGCUGACUGGACCAUCAGGCUGUGGAAAGACAGCUACAAUCCAGGUUUUGUCUCAGCAGCUGGACUUCAGAGUGGUAGAGUGGACAAACCCCACUAACCUGGAGCCAAACCUCAACAGUCAACAAGAGUGGAGAAUGAACGGGUUGUCUGCCAGCUCCCAGACUGCACAGUUCCAGGACUUCCUCCUCAGGGCUAACAAGUACAACUGUCUGAAGAUGGUUGAUGAUGGAGGAACAGCAAACAGGAAGCUAAUACUGGUGGAGGAUUUCCCAAACCAGUUCUACAGGCAGCCAGGGAGUCUGCAUGCUAUCCUGAGGCACUUUGUGAAGACCGGCCGAUGUCCCUUGGUGUUCAUAGUAUCUGAUAGUCUAAGUGGAGACAGCAACUCACGCAUUCUGUUUCCCCGAGAGGUCCAGGAGGAGCUGCACAUCACCAGUAUCAGUUUUAAUCCAGUAGCUCCAACUGCAUUGAUGAAGGUUCUAAUGCGGAUUGCAACAUUGGAGGCAGGAAAGAGUUGUGGGAGAAUUUGUGUUCCUGAUCAGGCUGUGUUGGAGUUGCUCUGCUCAGGAAGUUCAGGAGAUAUUCGGAGUGCCAUCAACAGCCUGCACUUUUCUUCACUACCAGACACCUCAUUGAAAAGGGGUCUGUGGCAAAUGAAAGGCAGACCAGUGAAGUCGGCACGUAAAGUUUCCAAACUGACAAAGGGAAAAAAGUCCCAGCAGAAGAAACAGCAAGAAGAAGAGCAGGCUAUUGGAGGGAAAGAUGCUUCUCUUUUCCUGUUCCGAGCACUGGGGAAGAUUCUCCACAACAAGCGGGAGAAUGUUGAAGGAGUUGAUGUUGCCCAUGGAGGUAGUCUGCCCUCUCACCUGUCUGAGCACCACAGAGACACAUUACUAGUGGACCCAGAGUUGGUUGUUGGGCGUUCACACAUGUCUGGAGAGUUCUUCAACCUGUAUCUCCACCAAAAUUACUUAGACUUCUUCACUGAGGUGGAGGAUGUGGUGAGAGCCAGCGAGUAUCUGUCUGAUGCUGACCUCCUCACUGCGAACUGGACGAGCCGUGGCACCAUGGGGGACUAUGGAACGUCAGUGGCCACCAGAGGGCUCCUGCACUCCAACUCUCAUCAAGUGACCGUUGGCUUCAGACCACUGAACAAGCCCAGCUGGCUGCUGGUCAGCAAAAAGCACCGUGAGAACUGCCUGGCCGCACAGAACCUUUUCUCCAGUUUCUGUCUCUCGCCGCUCAGCCUCCAGACUGAAUUGGUACCCUACCUGGACAAGCUCAGCAUGCCCAUGAGGAACCAAGCUCAGAUAGCCUUCAUCCAGGAUGUGAGCCAGCUGUCAUUCAGGAGGUUUCCUGCCAGGUUAAAACUAGACGUGCUGAUGGAUAAAGACCCGGGCUUCCUGGAGGCAGACAGUGAGGAUGAUGACGAUGCUGGUCAGGGGGGGACUGUGGAUGGUCUGCCCACCAGUCAGCCCCAACCAGUCACAAACCAAGUCCAAAGGGAUGAGGAGGAGAUGCUGAUUGAGGACUACAUCAGUGACUGAGCUAGGGAUGUCACUGAAACACAAAGCUUCAAGUUUAGGGAUCAUAGCAGCAUUUUCUAUUAAAGCCAGACCAAGUCGUGGUUUUUUUUCACAUGUCUUUUUCCUCCUCUGGAGGGUUGCUGAUGAUCUUAUUAGUUAUUGUGUUUCAUUUGCUGUGUCCUCUUUGAAGCUUUGGUAGAGAACUGUGAAAGCUGUGACUCCUGAAGUACAUUCUCAUUGACUUUCAACAGUAUUUAUUAAAGUGAGAAUUCUUUCCUGUUUCUGAGCCUUCAGCUGAUUAAAUGCUGUUGUUUUUGUACAGUUUGCUGCAGUCAUAUUGAUUGCUUAUUUAACAGACAUGUUGAAAUAAAAUGUGUGUUCCGCUGAU